GCCAAACUCUCACCUCCAAUUCUGACUAGAUAUUGGACCCUCGAGCUCCUCCAUCGUAAGUUAUUCCCUAUUGCCAGUGGCAGCCAUUGGCGAAAUCUCAAUUUACAACCUCCUUUUACCCCCGGCUAAACCCAGACGGUCUAGACGGGCGGGAUCAUCUUGGCUAUUUCCGAGAUUGCCAAGAGACCAGCGGUGGACCAAAAAGGGAUAGAACCGAGAUACUUUCUCCACUGAUUUUGUUACCUGGAAGGUUGCCAUUGGUUGUUCUAUCUCAGAUUUAGGGGUAACUUUUCUGUUUCUCGCGAUUUUAACUCAGGGUCUUGCAAGAACAUCCAUCAGCUGAGGACCCUGGAUUUCGAUUGAAGCUUUAGUCCCCUAUCUGAUACGCUACCUUUUACUCUCAACUCUGCUACUUUGUAGCAGCACACCACGAUAUCCUCUGUUUCGGCCAUUUGCCACACAGUCAACAUGGAGGAGACUAUCGUCUUCCAUCCUCAGCUGACAAAAGCUGAUGCGCUGAUCCUCGAAGGUCUCCGCCAAGACAUAAAGGAUUCAUCAUCUAGCAAUGCCGAGACGUCAACCUCAACACCCACCGCCCGCGAUGAAGAACUGCUUCGUCAUCUCCAAGCAAUGAACGAUCCCAAAGAUGCGCACUUUGAACCAAGCGUCACGACCAAUUGGGACAUUGAUCAAAUCAAGCUACCACUAUUCCUGGAGAAGACCGUGCUGAGACCUUAUAUUCGCCUGGCGCGGUCUGUUGUGAGGGUUGAGACUGAUGUCAUCAUGCUUACGCAUCUGCUUCUUUACUUCUCAACCACGAUUCCCAGUGCCAUCUUUUUGUUCACGAAUUUCACGUGGAUUCAUGGUAUUCUUCACUUUGUUAUGCAGUUCUCUUACAUGGGAGCGUAUACUUUGCUGAUGCAUCAGCAUAUUCACAUGAGAGGUGUUUUGGACAAGAAAUUUGCCAUCUUUGAUCAUCUGUUUCCAUAUAUCCUUGAUCCUUUGAUGGGACAUACUUGGAACUCUUACUUCUAUCACCACGUCAAGCAUCAUCACGUUGAGGGCAAUGGACCCAACGAUCUGUCAUCAACUAUCCGAUACCAGCGAGACAGCCUUCUUCACUUCCUUCACUACGUCGGCCGAUUCUUCUUCCUCGUCUGGGCCGAUCUUCCCAUCUACUUCAUCCGAAAUGGCAAGGCCAUGACUGGCUUGAAGGCUGGAUUCUGGGAGUUUUCCAACUAUGCUUUCCUUAUCACCAUGUUCAGCCUACAUAGAAACGCCACCAUCUGCGUCUUUCUUAUGCCGCUGCUUCUUCUUCGUCUUGGGCUGAUGGCGGGUAACUGGGGUCAGCAUGCUUUCGUUGACGAUGUUGAUCCCGACUCUGAUUACCGAUCGAGUAUCACACUGAUUGACGUUGCUAGCAAUCGGUUCUGCUACAACGAUGGUUAUCAUACCUCUCACCAUCUCAACCCUCUUCGUCACUGGCGCGAGCAUCCUGUUUCUUUCCAGAAGACAAAACACACCUAUGCAUCACAGCACGCCCUUGUCUUCCACGACAUCGACUACAUGAUGGUCACCGUUCGAUUGAUGAUGAAGGAUUACAAGACCCUGGCCAGGUGCUUGGUACCUAUGGGAGAGCAGAUCGCUAUGUCGUUGGAUGAGCGUGCUGCUAUGUUGGAGACGAAGACUCGUCGCUUCACAGAGGAAGAGAUCCAGAAAAAGUUCAAGAAACAGUGAUGUCAGUGGAAGGACGUCGAAUUUUGAGCAUUUUGAAGGCGAAUGGGCAUGCGUUGUUGAUAGAGCGCUGCAUUCAACGGAGUUGGCGGUUACAUUUGACAAGUCGAUGGAUUAAAAGUAUUAUCGUUAGUUGAGAUACAACAGGCAAAAUAUGACCCCUUCCGGCAUUAGAGAUUAUUUGUCUAUUAAUCAGAGGACAUCUAAUUCAGAUCUCGGAUCACAGAUGUUCGGCCACGGGCUCACAGGCAUUGAGGAAUGUCCCGUAUCUCCUAGUCACCGAGACUGCCUGCAUGCAGCAGCAUUUCUUGAUAUUCUAUUCAUUGUAAGAA